AUGCCCGACCGACCUUUGACUAACGCACCUCCGUCAAUGGAUCCCGGGGAGCUGUCCAGCGGUCCCGGCGGCAACUUCGACACUAUUUGUGAUGUUACUACUUGGGAUAUUAUCAAGCUUGGUCAGCAGCUAGGAAAUGACACUCGCUCGCAUCAACCUGUCAGACAAGUGAUCGCGAUUCAGACUCGCACGGGGAACUAUCAAAGAGAGGUUUUAAUAUCGGAAAAUGCCAUCAUCGAUCGUCUUAUCUCGGCGGCACAACUAUUGGCACCUGUGAUGCGACGGAUAGAGGACGAGGUAGUCCGCCUUUCACUCGCCCCAGCCAUGUUCCUAAUGAAGGCAAUUCCUUUCAUCGAUCUUACAGACAGCCAUGCUUCAAGUAUGCUUCAGAGAGCCCCUACUACAGGCAUUUCAACCUCUGAUAUACUGGAACCCUCCAACCUGGUAGAGGCAACUCCUGUCCGCCCGAAUCCCGUGCCUGCUCGGACACGACACUUGUCGGACUCUCGUUCAAACGUUGAAGCCUCCAUUCCGAACCACGUGAUGUACGAACAUCUGGAACAUUUGGAUCACGAUUAUUACGAGCACAUUGACACGAUUCCGAAUACCCCUGUUUCAACGUCGGGUAGUGCCGCGGGUGAUAAUGUGCAAGAAGAUGUGGUACACAGCAGGGGGCAAUAUGUUCAGCAACGGCGCAUGCUAGAGCCUUCUAUUCCACAAAAGCGGAAGCGAUAUGCUACAAUAGAGACCUCGAUACUUGUCUUUUCAGCUGUGGGCAUGUAUGUUGCGGCGAAUGUGCUGAAAAAAUUGACCGAUGCCCUACGUGCAGAGAGGAGAUAA